AUGGCGGCUGGGCGUUCUUCCCAGGAUACUAGUCAUCUUCGAGUUGUGAAACUUGCAGUCCCUUGUCACCCCAGAACCUCUAACCUGACCGGUGCAGCACUCAAAUACGUGGUUGGAUACAUUGACAUUGUCAUAGAGGACGGUUACAUCUCUGGCCAGGAGCCUCAAAGUUGCAUGUAUUUGUAUAAAUCCGUUGAGUGCCUACCAGACUACCUGUUUGUGCUUAUGCCCUUACAACACUCUAGACAAUAUCCAGUAGGAACUCUUGACAAGGUACGGAUUUAUAUAUCGUCCUUCCCACAGCCAUCGACGCUGAAAUAUCAUCCUUUGAUCAAUUGGAGAGUCGAAGAUCAUUGCUGCGGACUCAUCGAUCUCAUCUGCAUUAUGGGAUCCGAGGCUAGGCCUUGCUACAAACAUGGGGCGGAGAGCGACUGGUGCCUCUACUGUCCCCCACCCGUCACUUCCAAUAACAUCUUCAACUCUUUCACUCACCCGCUCUUCUUCUUCUUCUUCUUCUUCUUCUUCUUCUUCUUCUACUUCUUCUUUUUCUUCUUCUUCUACUUCUUCUUCUUCUUCUUCUCCUCCUACUCCUUCCUCUUCUUCCUCCAGGUCCUCCCCAUCAUCCUCCAGCUCUUCCAGCUCCUCCCCGCCCCUCCCACCUUCAUCUACACCACCCGUCCCACCUCCACCUCCACCCCAACCCCCACACAAACCCCAACUCCAACCGCGACCCCCACCCCAACCGGCACCCCCGCUCUCUUCCCUCCCACACCCGACAACCUCUCCCGUGGGGCCAUCGGCGGUGUCGCCGUCGGGAGUAUCUUCGGCGCAGCACUCAUGGGCAUGCUCCUAUUCUUCCUCUGGCGCAAACACCGAUCCGACAGCCCCCCCGACUCUCCCAUUCUCUCCGUCCCAUACAACCCCGAAGCCCCGCAGCUGCCUCCGCCGCUGAUGUCCCCCGGCCCGCCAUUCGGAUACCAGAGUCCCUACAACUCAGGCGGCGCACCCCCUGUGAUGGAAGUACCGAUACGGCCGCCGGCGCCUGGGCCGGCGAUCGAGGUACAGGUGCCGCCGAUGCCGGGCCCGGUGUAUGAGGUGCCGCCGAGCCCCCCGAGCCCUCAGAGUCCACCGAGUCCGCAGAGUCCGCAGAGUCCGCCCAGUCCACCAGGACUGGUGAUUCAGCCGCCGUUGAGGCCGCCGGGGCCGCCGCCGGGGUAUGUGCUACCGCUGGACGGGUAUAGGAGGUCGUACUGA